UACUGAAUUAAAGAGUAAUAUCCAAUUUUAAUUUUUCUUUGCAUGUUCUUAUGUUUUUAAUUUUAUUUUCUUGCCAACCCAGUUGUACAAUUUUCUUUAGUUACCUAUAUAAUUUAAGGUUUUUUUUAAUUUUGUUUUAAGAAAUGUCUGUGGUGUUAGUAACGAUACAAAAUAACAACUAUUUGAAAAAUAAUAUAUAUUAUUAACUAUAUAUACCUAAUUUUAUUAAUUCGUUUGAAUACUUUAUUUUUAAACUAAAAUACUGUUUGAUAAAUGCUUAAUCUAUCAACAAAUUAAAUAGUUACUUUUUAUAGCAAUAUUAUUUUAAGUAACCCAAAAUUAAUUGUUGAACUGGAAUUAUUUUAACACAUGGUAUACGACCACAUUCUUCUUCUUCUUUUUUAUCACAAGUCUUUAAAAAUGUACGUACAUUUUCCCAAUGUGAACUAAUUUUAGCUAAUAUAAUUUAUUUAAUCUACUGAACUUCAUGUGUGAACAAAUUAUUUAAAACUUGUGUUAACAUUUUUUGAACUGAUACGAUUAUUUUAGUUGCUUAUAACAUAUUUAUUGUAUGAUCUGACAGAAAUUAUCUUAAUAAUAAUCAAACUGAACUUUUUUAUUAUAAAAUUAUACUUAGUGUUGAUAAAACAACAUUGCAAGUAUAAUAUUAUGCUAUGCCAUAUGUUUUUAACCUUUGAUUGAUUCAAGGUUAAAAACCAUUGUGCUACUCAUUUUGAAAUAAUUGUAUUCAACUAUGUUGUAAAUUGACUUGUGUAUAAAAGUUUCAUCAUUAUUUGUAACAUCUUAAAACUGUGUUAGCAUUAUGGUAAUUUAUUAUAAAUUAUAACUAAUAUAAAUAAAAUGUGCUUUUUUUUCUUUCCUCAUACAUACAUUUUUUUAGUUUUUCUUUGGGUUAUUUUUAUCUAAAACAAUUCAAGUAUAGAAAAGAUCAUUGUGUACAACAUAAAAAAAAAAUGUAAUUAGAUAUAAUAACAGUAUGGUCUAUGGAAACAUAAACUGCAAUUAAUGUCAAUGAAUAAUAACAAAUAUGCUUAAGAAUUAAUGAAUAUUGAUACUUACUAAAAUAAAAAUGGAAAGAAUCCAGGAACAACUUAAUAUUAUGCAUAUCGACGAUAAUCAAACAUCAUAUGCAGACUCCUCCUGUUGCACGGACCGCGCGUGUUACAUCAUAGGAAGAGGAUCACGACCAUUAGAAAGUGAAAUCAACGUACCUACGCGCAGUGACUGAAUACACCGUGACGAGUCUACAGCCAAUAUAGCAUAUAAUACCGAGUACCACCUGCUAUAACUACCUACCUGUACGCGUUUUAAUAUACCAAACACACGCAGCCACGCAGGGAUUUGGAAUUACCUACAUUUUGAUUCAUACUCGUCGUUGUUUUUGUGCACGGUGAUGCUAUUACUACACUGCUUGGCAUGCUUAGCCGCUGCUACUACGGGUGCGGUGCUACCACCCCCUUGGGCGGACCCGUCUCAAAAUCCGUGUGCCGCUGAACCAUCGGGCGGAUGGCAGUUGCUCUACUGGCCAGACGAUAAGAAGUGCUACCGAAUAUUCCAAAGAGGGUACCCAUGCCCGGAGACGAUGGAAUUGGUGCCGCGACCGGACCGCAAGGGUUCCGCGGAGUGCGCAUGUCCGCCCGGCAGCGUCCGUAGCGCUCGCGACUCUCGUUGCCAUCCGCUAUUCCGGCUCGGUGGUCCCUGCGACGACGGCCAGUACUUCGCACCCGACCUGGACAGGGAUGACCGGGAGAGGUGGGGAAUAUGCGAGGAUCCAUCACCGUGCGCGGAAAAAGACGAACUAUUUUGGCCCAAAGACAAGCGCUGCUAUCGCAAGCACGCCAGAGGACCAUGCACCGAAGGACAGCUAUUGGUGCCCAGCACCAUGAACGAUUUAAUCGGCGACUGUAGAUGUGAAAACGUUCCAGAGCUCGCGACUUACUUUUGGGCACCUGCAGGAACGUGCCACGAACACUACACGAUGGGACCGUGCCAGGAACGCGGGGGAAUAUUCCUGCCAGGAGGCCAGUGCGGAUGCGACCCGUCGCUGCCGCACUUCCACAACGGCACUGGCAAGUGCUACCAACUGGGCGGCAUCGGACCCUGCUCCCCGGGACACCAGUUCCUGGUGCCGGCCGGCGGUUCCAAGGCCGAGUGCACGUGCAAGGAGGGCCACAUAAAGUGGUUCGGGGACGGCGCGUGCUACAGACCGUACACGCGCGGGCCGUGCGCCGCGGGCAACAUGUACAGCGUGAACACGACGGCCACCGGCAUGGCGGUCGGAUGCGUGGACUUGCCGUGCACCGCGGGCAAGCUGUACUUCCCGGGCGGCAAGGGCUGUCACCGGGUGGGCACGCAGGGCCCUUGCCCGUCCGGUCAGAUCGUCCUGUUCCAGGACACGGUCAAGACGUCCAUCGAGGGCGUGUCGUACCUGGGCAUGUGCGGUUGCGCCAACGCGGACGCCGCGGCCGGCACGUUUUACUCGUCGUCGCAGGCGCUCACCUGCAAGCCGCCGGCCGCGGCCAGGAAACUGCAGCAACAGCAGCACGACGCCCGUGGUACAGGCGGCGCAAGCCCGCGGCGGGCGGACGCACUGCUGCAGCCGCAGGACCCGUGCGGCCACCGUCGCGGCACCGUCGCCUGGACCGAUCUGUCGUGCAAGCAGCUGUACCUGCAGGGGCCGUGCGAACCCGGCGAGUGGGUGGUGCCGGACAGGGCCAAGGGCACCAGGAAGGGCAGGGGCUGGAAGAUGGGCAAGUGCGAGUGCCGGCCCGGGUUCACGGCCGUGCCGGUGCCGGGCGACGUCAACAACGCCACGGCGUGCCAGCCGCCGACGGUCACGCUGGCCAAGUUCCUAAACAUGAGCGAAGAGUUCAACCACAAUCACAACCACAACAACAACAACAACAACAACAACAACAACAGCGCCACGACCGACGAACGCGGUGACGGCAACGGCGACGACGACGGCGACGAUAACAAUAACGGUAACAACAACAACGGAGUCCGGACGCGAUGAUUACAAUAUUAUUAUAAUAUAUUAUUGGUCUCUGGAACGAGGCGUGAACUAAAUUAAAUAUCAUAUUAUGUCAAGACUGCAAAAUAUAUUAUUAUUAUAUCAUCCUACAUAUAAUAUAUUAUUUAUAAUAAUGAAUCAUAAAUAUUAUGAUGAAUGUAGCAAGACGUUGAGUCGGAGGACCGAUGACAUUUUUAAGUCGGAAUUUCGGAAAAUCGUCAAACCACUUAGUUUUAACUAACUGUACACCUUGUACGUAUGUUAGUAUUAUUAUAUUAGGUAUUUUUUUUUUUUUAAUUUGUAAACCUAAUUUUUGUAAAUAUAAUCUGCUAUAUAUCUUGACAUUGACCCUCAUAUUACCCCUAUAGCUACGCAUAAAAAACUGUAGCAGUGAUUCUUUAACGGUUUUGAAAAUAUUUUUUUUACAUAGGUACCUGCUUUGAAUUUAUUACAAAUAUUUUCAAGAAAAAAAAACGAUUUUUACAUCUUUUUUAUCGUUAUCA